GUAGGAAUCAACUUGGUCAGCAUUCAUUCAAGUCCAAAUGAUCAGAUGUUGUGGGCAAUUGAUAGCAAAUGGAAUGUCCACGUACGAGUUGGAAUUACAGAUGAAAUGCCCGUAGGCACUGACUGGGAACACGUACCAGGUUUGCAGGCUUGUCAGCUGGCUAUAAGUACAAGGACCGUUUGGGCACGCUGUCCAAAUGGAGAUGUAGCUCGUCGAUACGGCGUUACUGACAAGAAUCCAGCGGGAGACUACUGGAAGAAGAUUCCUGGAAACGUCUCACGUUUAACAGUGACCCCUCUAGAUGAACUGUGGGCGAUCAGUGCUUCAGGAUCCCUUCUCCAGCGUCUCACUAAGACCUUUAGCCAUUCCCAUAGUUCGCAGAAAAAUAAUGACACUUCUGUUCUGCUUCACCUUGAUGACUUUGAAGAUGAAUGGGAAGUGAUAUGAAGUCUCUCAAGCUUGUGAAGCAGUGAAAAAUACUGAAGGACAGAAUUUCUGUAAUGUAUGUACAGAAUGUUGGAUCUAAAAGCCACUCAUAUUGGACCUGUGAUAUUAGCACUUUUUUGUAUUGAAAAACUGACCUGUUAAAUAGCCCCCAAGCUGUGAGUUCUCAUGUUUGUUACAUUAUCUCUUGGGAGACUAUUUAGGUGUGGCAUACUGCAAUUGUUAUACCGUACUACUAUAGAAGCUCCUUUGGAAAUAUAACUCUUAAGUUAAUCUUACUAGCAGUGCAAGUAACUAUUGCCCAACAGCAUGCACACUAAUACAUGUGUACUUAUUUUGAGAAGGAAUUCUGUUGCAUUAAAUAUUUCUCUACAGCAGAAACAUUAA